AUGCCAGCACAGGCUCAGUCAAACGGCAACAACACAGCCCGCAUCGAGGUGAUUGGCGGUCAACCGGUCAUAUUUGUCGGGGAUCGCAUGUAUGCAGUACCAGCAGAAAUUCCUUCCGUUGGACCUACCGCUAUGGACCCGACAGUCAAGCAGAUGCCUGAUCCUUCAGCUUUGGCUCCUCAUAGCGCCAUGCCAGGACCUAGCUUUGGCCCGUCACGCUCCAACACUCACACACCAUUUGCCGGCAUGGACAUCGCCACACUCAAGACGCAACAAGCUUUGAAGAAACAAGAGCUGCGUACGGUAGAACAGACUGAGGUAUUGCAAGCAAGUCAUCAAAGCGAGGCGUGGCGUGUGGGCAUGAUUGAAAAGAAGCGAUGUCUCAUCGUGGAGCUUGAUGCGCUGAGGAAGCAGAUAACGGCCCUUGAAGCUGAAAACACCGCUGUCCAUGUCAACUCAUUUCCUGGCCCGAUUGGUACCGGUUCAGCAACGAUGCCUCCGUUUGGAGCUCCAUUCCAGCAGCCCUUUGCUGCUUCCAACUACCCAUUUGGUCCCGCCAAUCCAUAUGCAGCUAUGCCAAUGUAUCAGCCCCAACCGCAGUCUUUCGGUGCCUUUCCAAGCUUCCCCACAGCGGAGCCAGCACCGUUUGUUCCACCACCGACAAACACACCACAGUCCCCUCCAGGAUCUGCCAGCCGUCGCUCUCGUGCCAUUGAGAUCAAGCCUCCACCGCCCGAAGAAGCUAAGAAGGCUUCUGCGUUGAACCCGAAGAGCCCUACCUACGAGCCAGCCACAAAAUCCAAUACGACACAAGGAACUAUGCAGCCUACUGCCUCAUCUCAGCAGCGCUCAAACUGGCAAGGCCAACAAGUGUUAGAAACGGGAAAUCGUCAACACCGAACUUCGUCACAGAAACAUAGUCUAUCUAGCAUCGAUACCAUGGACUUUUUCCCUACAAACACUCAUGAGCACUCAUCCACUCGAGUAGCGCCACAGAGCAACGAGAACAAGCACUCGUCCAACGAGAACACGGCCGUUCCAUCUACCCCAGAGAAACUCUGGCCUGCUAGCCCAUGGAACGAAGGACACUCGGGACGUUCAAGGAAGCAAGAGGCAGCACCCAAGCUCACUUCAUGGCCGGAAGUAUUCGGGAAGCAGCCUUCACUUUCAUCCCUGGGCAAUAGUGCUGCGGGCCAACAGUUUUCGGCUAUGCUGGAGCGUGCUGGUACCACAGUAACCUCUGCUCCAAGCAGCAGCGCAGCUCCACGAACGAACUCGGAUCAGCGCGGCGGCACAGAUGAGAACUGGCCGUUCCCUGGAAAACCUGUGACGCAUGUCCCAUGUACAUACCAGGAGGGCUACCAGGCAGGCUAUGACCACGUUGGUAUUCCUGAUAGCCCUGAGGUAUUGCAAGGCUACAUUCAAGGUCUUUUGCACUUCCUCACGGAUGAAACGAAGAAGCGCCAAGCAGAGUACCAACGCGGUGCUGAAUCCAGGACUCCUUCGCUACGAGGCCUCGUUGCUGGGUCUUUACCUCACGAUUCGGCCGUCAAUAUGAGCAUCAACAACAACAGCAUGAAUGAAAGUCAAGAGAAUAAUCGCCGUGUAGCGUCAGAGAUACAGUACCUCAAUGCUCCCGUCAUGUUCCCGCCGCGAAUGAAAGACCAAGGCAUUGCAUUUCGUGAAGAGAGACAUUCGAACGGUGGAUCAUCCCAGCAACCGUUUGGUACCCAAAUUCAAAAUCGUUCCCAGAACACACCGUGGAGCAUUCAACGCUUUUACCCCACACCCAAGGAACUGAGCUCAAGCGAAUUGGGCGGAUACAGCGGGCCUGGUGCUCGGUCGUUUGCUAACCAUCGCCUGUCAGGAUUGGAUGGCGCCAUGGACGAUCUGUCAGAGAUGAUCAACGAAACGCGCAUUGACGAGGGUCGUCGUUCUGCUGCAGCAGACAAACGCUCCAAUGAGACGCCUGGUGUGGAAUAUGAAGAGAGCGAGGCAUCAUGCUUCAAGAGUAGCAAAGGCAAGCAGAAGGCUGCAUCCCCGGCAAAGACAAUGGACAUUGAGCGAGACAUGACAACGACGUCGUCGCCUGCACCUAGCUCGCCAAAGAAGGGCGGAGAACAGUCGCCUGCCAAAGCAAAGCUCGAACAGGUGACUAACAAGUUCCGACGGAGUAAGAAAGACGACCCCCGAAACAUGUCUCCCGACGAGCGUAAGACACGUUCAGACAAGUGGCGACAGCGCUUCCAGCAGCUCAAGAGGACGGAGUUGGAAGAGACAGAAGUACAUGGUGCGAAUUCACGCACUUGA